GAGACCCAUCGGCGGGCGAGGAGGGACUCGCAAACCGUACAACGAGUGUGUAAGCGGAAAGUCAGCAAAGAAAUAAUCCUACUUUUUGCCACCCGGAAUGGAGGAUCAAAAACACCAAGGGCCACGGAGAUAACGGAACCGGGAGCGAUUCAAAAAGCGCUAUAAUGUUAAAAGAAAUAUGGAAAUAGGCCUAUAGCAUAGGAGGAAGAAAGAAAGGGUAGUCCGCCGCGCGCUCGAGUGCCGAUGUUGGUAUUUGGCCACGAAUACCUGCCGAGAAUAGUUCUGGAUGAUGAUCGAGGAGGGGGGGAGGAGAGAGAGGGGAGACGGCAUGGCGGAGAGGAGGCAGAUCCUGGUGGAGAUGGGUGAACAGAACUUCGAUGUCAUUCGUCUGUCUACGUACCGUACUGCCUGCAAGUUGAGAUACAUACAGAAGACUUGCAACUUGCACCUGAUAGAUGUGUAUAACGUGAUCGAGGCGGUGCGUGACGCUGGUCUGAACACGGUGGAGCUGACAGCCGUGCUGUCGGCGACGCGCCUGGAGAACCUCCUGGCCUCGCUGUUCAACCAGCUGAGCAAGCGGCUGCCCAGCACGCACACCAUCAGCCCCCGGCAGAGCACCGCCCUGCUGCUGGACUUCAUCCUGGAAGCCCUGGAGAGUGAAGCCCACAGUCAGCUGACGGUGAUCUCAGUAAAGGCCAUGCUGGCCACGUUGUGUGGAGGGAAGCUGGUUGACAAACUGCGAUAUGUGUUUUCUCAGGUAUCUGACUCCAGCGGCGUGUUGCUUCUGUCUAAGUUUGACUGGUACCUGCGUGAGGCUCUGAAGCUGCCCUCGGCCGUGCAUGAGGGGCCGUCCUUCAGCUACACACACACCUCUGCACGGGCCUGCUUCCCACAGCAGAAGAGGGUGCUGCUGAACACGUUCCUGGACUCCAUGCUGAGUGAGCCCGCUCCAGAGUGUCUCCUGUGGCUGCCGCUCCUGCACCGCCUGGCAGACGUGGAGAACGUCUAUCACCCAGUGAGGUGUUCGUGCUGCCGCACCAAUGGCAUGACAGGGUUUCGCUAUCGAUGCCGGCGUUGUCAUGGCUACCAGCUCUGCCAAGACUGCUUCUGGCAUGGCAACGUCAGCGGUUCCCAUAGCAACCAGCACCAGAUGAAGGAGCACUCGACCUGGAAGUCGUCUGCGGUGAAGCUAGGCCAGGCCCUCAGCAGGACCCUGGGCUGUGCGUCUGGGAGAGAGCCCAUCCACCCCCUCUACCCUGAGCUGCCAGAGAGACCCUUGGACCUGGCCAACCUGGUACCUGCACGGCCCAUCCAGAACAUGAAUGAGGCCAUCCUGUUGUCCUCUGCAGCCCCCAGUCCUUCUAAGAGGAUGGCUGCUGCUCAGCGGAUGAAUGAGGAACAUGCACUGAUAGCUGCCUAUGUCAACCGCCUACAGACCAGUCCAUGUGCCCUGGACAGCCCCAGCAGACGGGACGAGGAACACAGACUCAUCGCCCGCUACGCUUCACGACUGGCUGAGACUGACAGCGCAGGCGACAGACCUGCAGCUGAUCGGGGUCCAAAUUUAGAUGUAAAUAAACAGCAGAGACAGCUCAUUGCCCAACUGGAGCACAAGAACAGAGAGAUUCUGGCAGAGAUCCAGAGCCUGCGCAUGGAGCACGAGACAGCGUGCCAGCCCAGUCCGGAGAAGGGACACACCAACCCCACCCUUCUGGCAGAGCUACGCCAGCUCAGGCAGAGGAAAGAUGAGUUGGAGCAGAGGAUGUCGGCUCUGCAGGAGAGCAGAAGGGAGCUGAUGGUGCAGCUGGAAGGACUGAUGAAGCUUCUGAAGGAUGAGGAGCAGAGACAGGCUGCUCAGGCGGCAGGCUCCGCCCAGGCCACACCCCCUCGCCAGGUCCCGACCCCAGCCCGCUCAGCAGGCCCCUCCCCCUCUCACUCACCUGCCUAUCUCCCCCGGGACUCACUAGCCGGAGUAGGGGGCGACGUACAAGAGGCCUUUGCUCACGGCCCCAGGAGGAACCUCCGUAAUGAUCUGCUGGUGGCAGCAGACUCCAUCACCAACACCAUGUCAUCUCUGGUGAAGGAGAUGCACUCUGAUGGUGAUGAAGAAGAGGAGAGAUUGCUAAAUGGAAAAGAUAGAGCAGGUUAAGGAGACCCAGAGGACACAGAGGCCAAGUGAUAUGACUCGACUGCAGCUGUUGUCGUGGCAACACCAAAGAGCCAGCCAGCCUUUGGAACUCUAUUUGGUGUUCUCCAAUAGGACUUGAGCAUCAAAGCCAGCUCCCCUCCAAUCAACCAAUCAUAAUGCUGGACACCAAAUUGACUGACCCUACUGAUAUAUUGCUGUGAUUCUGAUAUGGAUUUCUCUUUAUAUGUGAUUUUAUUUUGUUUUGAUUUCGUUUUGAGUGUUCAGAGCUUUAUGAGCAAUAUGAAAUCUACUGAUUUGGUCUAAAAUAUGAUCUGCCAUAUGCUUUAUAGAGGGGUAAAAAGAGAAAGACAGAAGGAGAAGCAGAUGUUCUGUAAAGAAAAGAGAUAGAAAAGUAGUAAGAAAGUAGGUACAGAAAGUAAGAGGAAGAGUCCAAGAUGAAGGGAUGAGAGAGUGAGGGGAACAGAGGGAUACUGGAUGAGGGGAUGAGAGAGUGAGGUGAACAGAGGGAUACUGGAUGAGGGGAUGAGAGAGUGAGGUGAACAGAGGGAUACUGGAUGAGGGGAUGAGAGAGUGAGGGGAACAGAGGGAUACUGGAUGAGGGGAUGAGAGAGUGAGGUGAACAGAGGGAUACUGGAUGAGGGGAUGAGAGAGUGAGGUGAACAGAGGGAUACUGGAUGAGGGGAUGAGAGAGUGAGGUGAACAGAGGGAUACUGGAUGAGGGGAUGAGAUAGUGAGGUGAACAGAGGGAUACUGGAUGAGGGGAUGAGAGAGGAGGGGCGUGUGCGAUCAGCACUGUGUGUUUAUUUAUUACCUUGAAAUGAUCUCAUGGUGUGUGUGAUGCCCUGUCUGCUUUUAUGUGUUCUCUUGGUAAAACUGACCGCUGUGUGUACGGCCAGAGACAGUCCAUCACAGCUCUCCUCUAUCUCUGUGUCGAGGCUGAGCAGAGAAUGCUAAUAACUCACCUGGUGCCUGUGUGACAGUAUGUCUGUGUGGGUAAGCACAGGGCUGGGUACUGGUACUGAAGGUGUUCCCUGAGGGCUGUCAGUUAAGCUCUUUUAUAACUCCAGCCAUGCAAACAAGUUUGCGAGUUUGCGUGUUUGAAAAUAAUUUUGUGGAUGUGUGUGGAUGUGUGUGUGAUAAUGAAAAGAGUUGGUCCGAUAGUUUUUCUCUGCUGUAUAAUGAGGUCACGCUGCCUUUAUGCUCCUGCCAGAGGCACAAGAUUAUGGGAGAUGAAGUUUCGAGUUAGUGCUGUAUCUGUCUUGGGCAGCAAAACCUUUCCUGCUGAAUGAGAGCGUGUCCCCGUGCCUUGUAAACUUUCAUACCUUCUCAAUAUCCGCCGUCACUGUGGUUUCCAUUGGCAGCUUAGAAACCUAGUAUAGGUGCUACUACAUUGCCCACUCCCUAGUGGAACAUGACCUCACUUCCUGUUUUAUUGAAAUUGGAAACCAUUAAGCAUGCUUAAAAAUCUAAUUUCUGAAUGACUGACUGACUGAGAGUGUGAGUGGUGAAGUGAAUGAUGGAUGAUGAUAUGUGAACGGGAUCGCCAUUAAAGAGUAACUUUAAGCGUGCUUAGCUCUGAUGCGUAAUCCUGGACAUGACUGGUCAAUGCUGUGUUGAUCUGUUUCAUCACCAAUAAAUAUUAUUUAACACAAAC